AUGGGUUUCGAGCAAAGCCUGCACGAGGUGGCCAUCUACCGGCGGGGCAAUGGAGGAAACGCCCUGCUAGUGGGUGUCUACGUCGACGACUUGGUGAUCACCGGCACCAAGGAUGCGGAGGUGGCGGCGUUCAAGGAAGAGAUGACGACCACCUUCCAGAUGAGUGACCUGGGACCUCUCUCCUUCUACCUAGGGAUCGAGGUGCACCAGGACGACUCCGGAAUCACGCUUCGACAGACCACCUACGCCAAGCGCGUCGUUGAGCUAGCUGGGCUCACCAACUGCAACCUAACUCUCACUCCGAUGGAGGAGAGGCUGAAGCUGUGCCGCGAUAGCACAAUGGAGGAACAACCUACGACGGAGCGGCAGGCUAUGAAGAGGAUCAUCCGCUACGUUGCGGGGACUCUCGACGACGGUCUCUACUACCUGAGGUGUCUUGGGGAGGCACACUUCGUCGAGUACAGCAACAGCGACCACGCUGGCGACAUCGACACCACCAAUAGCAUGAGCGGGAUCCUCUUCUUCCUUAGCAAGUGCCUCGUUAGCUGGUAG